UACAGUAUACACCGAGAGGGGAUUUUACUCAAUGAUAUGCAGCCAUGUUCACUAAUAUAGCAAACUUCAUAUUUGGAGCUAAACAUGAAAUUAGUGGAGAUGAAGCACCAGUCACGGGGAUUGACCCGCCUGCAUCAUGUCCAAUAAAGCUGGCUGACCAUUCUAUGGAUGCAGACUGGGUUGUAAUCAAUAAACGAGAUGAUGAUACUAAGAUGGAAGAUGUCAUGCCACCAACUGCAAGCAUGGAGGUGCAGCAAACAUUUAGUAAUCAUGAAGAGGAGAGCGAGACUCGAGUAGAGGGUACGCCGGCAGCAGUGUCAGCCACGGUCGUCACGCAGCCGUCACCACGCCGCACAUCCCUCAGGCUCACGUCGAUGGUUGACGGGCAGCAGGCCAAGACCGCAUCCCUGCACAGGAUACGCCAGGCCAAGCAGGAGAAUGCCAGAGUCAAGAGGCGCCAGUGCAAUAAGCACAACAAGAUGGCGCACCCCAGUGGUAAGCGAACGAGCAGGAGGAACACAAUCAUGCAACCCGCACGCCGCAGCUAAACCGAUCUCACCGGCUGCCAAGCAUCAAGCUUCGUUACCUCCCGCUGCUGCCGUGCGAAAACUACCGACGGUAAGAGAUCAUGGACCUUCCUCCCCUGCCUGUCUUUGGCUUCCUUCAUCACAUCUCCUCCUCCCAUCAUGUAUCCUGUGAGGAGCGUAACACAAACCUAAUCAGUGUGAUAGAGCGGUAACAGCGAGGCAGGUACCUUCGAAUCAAGUCUUCUGCUCGUGAAUUUAUCCCUGCGUUGUUGAUGCUUUCAUAAGAAUCUCAGUACGAAAAUUAUGCAUUUACAUACUAGUAUUAGUAGUGUUUACAUUAAAAUUAUUUACGUAUGCACGCGAUUGUCUUAGUAGCUAGUGUGUGUGUCUGAUCAAAUCUAUGUAUUUUUGAUGGAUUUUGCAUCUUCAUUUUCAUUGCAUGAAAUGAAUUGCUAUGCAGCGGUAUUGUGCCCUCAGCAUUAUGGUAUGAAGCUUUUAUAGAUUAUAUAUCUAUGGUCAUGUGACAGUCCGAAUUUUACUAAUUAAUUUUAAGAUAAAAACUAACUUUAAAGUAUUGAGGCACCUUCAUUGUUUACACUCCAUGUAUUAAUAUUUACCAAAGACGAGAGAGUUACUUGCUGUGUGUGCAUUAAACACUGCAUAAACUACAUAUUUCUUUACGGCUACUAAUUUUUAUAACCCAGGCAAAAACAAUGCAUGAUUCUACUAUUUUCAAAUUUAGAUGGUUGAAUAGAACUGUGUUGAUUCCAAUAUCGUGAAUGCAGUGACAAUCAAAAAACAUGACAAUGUGAAACUGUGUGUAAAUCAAGACCUUCACUAGCAAUCUUCUGGUGUCUAAAUCUCUAUAAUGUAUUACUGUACCUAUACUACCCUAUGAGACUGCAUGUGUUAUGUAUAGAAAUAGCUAGUGCAUGCGAUGUGCUUUCAGAAAUGAAAGAGAUUACAAGGGAGCGGAAGUAAUUUUUCUACAGUGUGGCUUUCAAGCAAUUUUAUUAAAAAUAUUUUCAUUUACACAAAAAA